AACUGACGCGAUAAAUUCUUAUCUAUGACAUUGACAUGUAAAUCAGUCGAAUUGGUUGUUCCACCACUAACAGAUACAUCGCACAAGUGCUGAAACGUAGCCUACUGCAAAGUGUAGACGGAAUAAAAAUUAACACCGAAAAAAAGUGAUUCAGUGUUUUUCGAACAUUGGAGCAUCAGCCAUUUACACCAUGGAGUACUACUUCCUCGUUGGUAUCCCAGGUUUGCUAUUAUUUUGUGCGUACGUGUAUUUUUGGAGGUUUCGUCCAUUGCUUGGGGGCGAGUCCAAGCAAAAGUUAAGCUUCGUGCCCGAUGCUGAUAACAACCCUGAUACGGAUUACGAAAUAACGGAACCUGCGCUAGUUCGAUAUUUACUCAACAAAGAAGCUGUGGAAGAACUCGACGAAGCUGAAGCUGAAAUACCUGAAAUGCUGGACGUUUUAAAAGACCUCGACAAAGCAUCGAAAAUCACCCUGUUCGAAACUCACCAAUGUAGCAUAAACGCGAUGAAAGAUUUCAAGCAAGCGUUUCACGCUUUCGUCGUCUUCAAAACGACAAGUGAAACAGAGGGAGACUAUUGGUGGUCACUAGAAAAGGGCAUCGACUACAUCACUUUACAACGAUCCCUAAACAAAAUAAACGUCAGGGACAAAUUUUAUGGCGAAGGCCGAAAUAAAGUCAAACCCAUUGUUGACAAUUUGACGGGCAAGGGAUCGAUCAAGGAUCUUCUGGCAAUACUGUGGACCCAACAAAUGAUUCCAGAAAAGUACCACAUCCGGAAAUCCAACUGCCAAUCCUUAGUCACUUACGUCAACAAACAGAUGACUGAAGUAGGAUACGACUACAAUGGUUUUUUCAAAUACUCUCUCCCUCCUAAAAGUAACCGAAACGUCAUGUUCGACAUAAUCAAAGUCGUUUCGCAUCUGAAUUCGUGGCAUCCGUUAUUCUCUCUCAUUUAUAUGGAAGGAGCCGUCAUUAUUGAUGAACUAAUUGAGAGCGGGAAGUAUCAAAUCAACACCAUCUACAAGGGAAUUACUCCGCUCCAAUGUGCCAUCAGGUAUUCGAAAACCCAAAUGGUCAAACAUUUUCUACAAAACCUUCAAGCCGACCCAACGAUGCGCGACGACACGGGAAACGACGCACUUCAGGUGGCCGCCAUCUUCACAAAGGAGACGGAGAUCUUCGAUCUGCUACUCGCACAUGACAAAGUCAAAAUUGACGAUGUUAACGAAUCGGGACAAACUGCGCUUCAUGCUGCCGCUCUCGCCUCCAACGUCAUCGCAGUCAAACACUUGAUAAACAAAGGAGCCCAUCCCAACAUUUUUGACAAACGUGGUCUAACUCCUCUUCAUGUGGCAGCAGCACAGGAAACGGAUAACAACGAAAUCUUCGAUCUACUUCUACUAGCUAAAUCAAUUAAAGGGAUGGGCAAUGUCAACGAUCCGAACGAACUAGGAGUGACUGCACUUCCUAGUGCCGCCUGCGGGUCCAGUAAAACCACUGAAGGAUGCCGGAUGAGAAAGGGCGCAGAUCAAACUUAUUGGGGCGAUUUUUUGAAUCCAACACUUCAAUUACAGGCAUUGCUGCACGGAACAAAGGACUUCAAAAUCAUAGAUCUAUUACGACUACUGCAGGUGCUGGAAAAAAACAACCAAGAAAAACUAGUAACUUGCACCGAGAAUAACAAGCAGACACUCGAAGGGAAAAUAUUUGCUCAGUUAAUAAGAAAAGGCAUUGCCAAGGAAAAAGGACGAGAAAGAACCCCUUUUCGCAGUGAGGCAGUUGAAGAAUUCGACAGCGAAACAGGUGUGGCUCGCCGUUUUGCAGAGAACCGUGCCGAUCCUCCUUCAACUAACUUUACAUUAAAAGAUGGACUCCGAAUAGCAAGAGCAAAGAGUUCAAAGGAAAUCGAUGAAAUGAUGAAGGAAGGAAACUUCGAUAUCCACGACCGUUAUGAAAAUGGAGAAACCCCUCUGUGCUUCGCCAUACGCGGCAAUAACGCCAACGUUGUUGAAUGCUUGUUGGAAAAAGGAGCCGACCCCACUACGGGCGACAAUAACGGCAACACUCCAUUGCAAGUAGCAGUAGCAUUGCAUAAGGAUUUGAAGAUUCUCGAUUUACUUGUGGAACGUGGAAAAGUUGACUUAAAUGACAGCAACAACACACCUGGAGACACUGCCCUCCAUAUGGCCAUCAAGACAUCAAACGUGACUGCCGCUCGCUUCCUAUUAUCAAAAGGAGCCAACCCCAACGUCGCCAAUAAAAAAAAUGGAGUCACUCCACUCCAUCUGGCGGCUGGUUAUGCCAAAAACAUGGACAUCGUCGAGCUACUCGCGAAUCACAAGGACCUCGACGUCCAUGCUUUAGACGUUAAGGGACAAAAUGCGCUACACUAUGCAAAAAAGAACAAGCACGGGCAAAGUGAAAUCAUUAUUAAUCUAUUGAAAGAGAAAUACAGCUUUGACGGACGGCUAAACUUGAACAGAAAUUCGAUUCGUGGAAUUGCGAAACACUUUCAUCAACUUCUAAACAGUAACUUGUUAAAGGGCGAUGAUGAAGAUGAAUGUCAAGACAAAUUCCAGACAGCUUCAGAAUUCCAUCUUUAUGGCGAAGUAAAAUUUUCGGAUGUAAAAGAGAUUCGAAACUUGAUGGAAAAGGGAGAAGAUCUCAGCAAAGCGACAUGGGGUGGAGGAACGAAUGCACUUCAUGCGGCCUCAAAAUAUGCGCCAAAACCGGAGUCGCUCGAUGUCAUCCUGGCAACUGGGAAAUUCGAUAUAAAUAGCCGCGACGGAAAUGGGGUAACACCUUUACAUUAUGCAAUACGUGAAAACAAGGUGGAAAUGGCUCGCUACUUGCUGGAGAAGGGAGCCGAUCCCACCAUACGCGACAACGAUGGUAUCACGCCGCUGCAUGUGGCAGCGGCAUCCAUUACGGAUUCCGAUUUCCUCCGCUUGCUGCUAGACAACGAAAAAGUCGACAUCAACGAAAGUAGCCAGUCUGGAAUGACUGCCCUUCAUUUCGCAAUGAGGACAUCCAACGUGACCGCCGCUCGCUUUCUGUUAUCAGAACGAGCUAAUCCCAACGCGACUACCCAUGAAAAUGGAUAUAGUCCACUCCAGGUGGCGGUCUUUUAUGCACGCGACGCUCAAGACGUGGACACUAUCGAGUUACUCCUGAGUCACAAAGACGUGGACGUUAACUAUCUGGACAGCAAUGGAGGAAAUGCGCUACAUUACGCAAAGAACAAUCUGCACGGGCACGGUCAAAGAAUUGCCAACCUCUUGAAGAGAAACGGCGUCGUGGAAACACAAGUCAACAACGAAACAGAGGACAUUAUAGCAAUUAUGCUAAGUAGCGCUGCCAACCUUUUAGGCGUAGAAUUCAUUACCGCCCUGAUGAAGAUGAGAGCAGGUAUCAGCAACGCGACAUUGCGAGAUAGCGGAAAGAACGAACAUGGCGCGGUAUGGACGCAAUUACUGGAUUUCAUUUUGACAAGUGUAAAAUUCGAUUUUAACAAAAAUGGCAACGACGGAGAAACACCUCUCCCUCACGCAAUGGAAGGAUCCAAAAUGAAAAUAAAUGCUUGGCAACUGAUUCAAAGGGGAGCCCAUCCCACCACUCCACUGCAUCUGGCGGCAUUUCAGGCAUUCGAAAAAGCGGACAUCGACUUUGCCCUGCAAAUGAAACAAGUCGACAUUGAUGGCCGUGAUAGAGAUGGCAAAACGGCUCUUCAUUUCGCAUUCAGUGCUAACAACGCGGCAAUGGCUCGCUACUUGCUGGAAAAGGGAGCCGAUCCCACCACGCGCGACAAUGAUGGAAUCACUCCUUUUCAUCUGGCAGCGGCAUUUACUGAGGAUUCCAAUAUUCUCGACUUACUUCUAGCGAAUGAAAAGCGAAUUGAUAUCAACGAAAGUAACAACUCUGGAUUGACUGCACUCCAUAUGGCAAUCAAGACAUCCAACGCGACUAUCGCUCGAUUUCUCUUAUCUAAAAGAGCUGAUCCAAACGCUACCGACAAAAACGGACAAACUCCGCUGCAUCUGGCGGCAAAAUAUGCAAAAGACAUGGACAUUGUUGAGUUACUCUUGAAUCAUCAAGACGUGGAUGUCAACUAUUUGGACAAUAGCGGACAAAGUGCACUACAUUACGCAAGGGAAAACGAACACGGGCAGAGUGAGAGAAUUGUUACUCUUUUGAAGGAAAAGGGCGCCGAAGAUGAAGGAAUCAACCAGGGACCGGAGAACUUUGCGGCACCGGUUUUGAGCGCAAUCAAAAAUUCUAACGCGUUUAAAAAUAUCAUAUCAGAUUUUAUCACUGCCUUCGGUGACCAGAUGGGAUUCAAUGAACUUGAUGUGGCGGAAGCUAAACCAAAACUCGAAGCCUUUCUGGAAACCGGGAAAUUAAAUUCCAACAAACUUAACAAAGAUGGAAACACUACCCUCAAUCACGAUGGAACCAAUCCUACCGUAAAUGCCCCUGAUGCGACUCAAAUGGGUACAAAUCCCAACAAAGCCGACAAGAAUGGAGUCACCCCCCUUCAUUUGGGCGACUGUAUUAAAGAAAUAACUGAAAUUACAGGACAAAUCCUGGGACUCGCACAAGUUGACGUCGAUGCUCUUGACAAAGACGGAAACACUGCUUGUAUCGCAGGAUUAACUAACACCUUGAAUACUACUCUCGCCUUGAUGCCAAAGCUAAUCAACACCUAUAACUACUGGGACAGCGUUGGGAGAGGUGCGCAAAAUCUCAAGCAAAUAAUUGCUAAUCAGUCCAAAAAAAGCGACGUCGUCACAGCUAAAGUCGACGACCAAACAAAGCAAAUUGCGACACGGACGGUAUUAAAAGCGAUCUUCGAUUCGGACGUCGAAAAAAUUCGUGCACUGAUCAAAAAUGGAUUAGAUCUUAGCACUGAGGCAUGGGGGGAGAGCAAAAUGAAUGCACUUCAUGUGGCCUCAUAUUAUGCAAAGACGACAGAUGUCAUCGACGUCAUUCUGGAAACGGGAGAAUUCGACAUCAACGGAGGUGACAACGACGGACUGACACCUCUCCAUAACGCAAUACUGGGACUCUACCCUACAAUAAAUGUUGUUCACCUGAUCAACAUGGGAGCCGACCCCAGCAUUGCCAACAAGGACGGAAUCACUCCGCUACAUCUGGCGGUCUUUUCCGCCAAAGACGUGCGCCUCGUCGAGUUACUACUCAAUCAUCCAGACGUCGAUGUCAAUUACUUGGACAACUGGGGAAGAAAUGCGCUAGAUUACGCAAAGGACAACAAACACGGGCACGGUGAGAGAAUUGCCAAUCUGUUGAAAGAGAAAGGCGCCGUACAGUCAGAAAUCAACAAAGAAUCGGGGAACAUUGCGGCAUUGGUACCAGGUCACAUCAAAGAAGAUCCGGACAUGAAAACGAUUCGUUUCUUGAUAGAAAAUGGACAAGAUAUUAGCGCGUUGACAUGGGGAGAAAACGGAACGAACGCACUUCACGUAGCGGCAGCUAAUGAAAAGACGACGGAUCUUAUCGACGCCAUUCUGGAAACGGGAAAAUUCGACAUCAACGGAUUGGACAACGAUGGCCACACACCUCUCCAUCACGCAAUGGAUGGAUCGAAUCGUACAGUAAAUGUUCCUUAUCUAAUUAAAAAGGGAGCCGAUCCCAACAUUGCCAAUAAAACUGGAAUUACUCCACUGCAUUUGGCGGCACAAAAAGAAGAGACGACGGAACUCAUUGACAUCAUCCUGGGAACCGGGCAAUGCAACAUCAACCCAGUUGACAACGACGGAAGGACACCUCUUCAUUACGCAAUUAAGAGACCCAAGCCAAUUACAAUCAAUGCUCGUCGUCUGAUUAAAAUUGGAGCCAACCCCGGCGUCGCUGACAAGAACGGAGUCACACCUCUUCACAUGGCAGUGAGAAAUGCAGAAUCGAUGGAUCUGAUCGAGAUUCUCCUCAAUACUGAAGCGGUGGACGUGAAGAAUGUCGAUAAACAAGGGCGUACUGCUCUCGAUUGUGCUAGAGGCAACAAACACGGACUAGGCCAGAGGAUUAUCGAUCGUCUGGAGGAAUAUGGCACAGAGGAAUAGCAACUCCUUGGUUCCUCGCCAGACAGUAGGAGCAUAGGGCAGAAUCCGGAUGUGAGCUCGGGACGCCGACGAAAGAAUGCUUCCUGGAUUGAAUUGUCUUCGUUAUUAGUGAAAAUGGCCAGUUAAGGUUUUCUAGAUGUAUUUGAGUAACUUUAGUCAUUUAGUGUUAGACUACAUUAACAACAGCAACAUACCUUGUUAAAAAAUAAACUACACUGGUGCAAAAUUAAUUAUGAUUCAU